UCGCCGCCGCUCCUUCGAGCACACAAACCCUCCUCGCCUCCGCCGCCGCUGCCCCGCCGUCGCCGAGGAGAAGGAGGAGGAAGAAGAAGCACCGGCCAAGAUGAAGACCAUUCUGGCGUCGGAGACGAUGGACAUCCCGGAGGAGGUCACGGUGAAGGUGGCCGCCAAGGUGGUGACGGUGGAGGGCCCCCGCGGGAAGCUCACCCGCAACUUCAAGCACCUCAACCUCGACUUCCAGCUGCAGGAGGGCGGCCGGAAGCUCAAGGUUGACGCCUGGUUCGGCACCCGACGCACCAUGGCCGCCAUCCGCACCGCCAUCUCCCACGUCCAGAACCUCAUCACCGGCGUCACCAAGGGAUACCGCUACAAGAUGAGGUUCGUCUACGCUCACUUCCCCAUCAACGCUUCCAUCACCAACGGCAACACCGCCAUCGAGAUCAGGAACUUCCUGGGCGAGAAGAAGGUCAGGAAGGUGGACAUGCUUGAGGGUGUGACCAUCUUGCGGUCCGAGAAGGUCAAGGAUGAGCUCAUCCUCGACGGCAACGACAUCGAGCUCGUCUCUCGCUCUGCCGCCCUCAUCAACCAGAAAUGUCAUGUGAAGAACAAGGAUAUCAGAAAGUUCUUGGAUGGCAUCUACGUCAGUGACAAGGGUGCCAUUAACGAGGAGCAGUGAGCUUCAUUAUCUGCCUAGUCAUUAGCUAAAAAUGCCUGGAGACGGUCCUGGAGUGCUGUUUCUGUAUGCUGUGUUUCUAUCAUCCUUUGGGUUGAAAUUUUCUGAGACUGAAUUUUGUACUGGGUUAGGAUGUGUUAUGGAGCCUGCUAUCUUAUCCUACAUAUCUUUGUCUCUGUUUAAGAGUCUGAACCUUGUUUAUCAUCCCCUAAAGAUAGUUGACUGCAAGCAUUCGUGGUUGAAACAAAGAUGAGAUUUUGUUAAUCUGCA